GAUCUCUACGUAUCCCAUGCUGGUUCAUGAUGACGAUACCCCACCGUACUACGUUCAACACGGCACAGGAAACAGGGCCGUACUCGGCUCAUGUGGCACAAGAUCACAUAAGGCCCAACUGAAAAGAAGUUAGUGGUGGGACCAGUGCAAAGAAGUGAUUACGCAUGCGUCGCAGCUGUCGCGCGGGCUACGGGCUCCUUCCAUCUCUCGUUCGUCUUCGCGCUCCUGAAACGCAGUUUCCGCGAAUCGGUGCUCCAGGAAAUAAGUGUGCUGUGAUGUUGAGUGUUGAGUUAAGAGUUCACCCGGGGUUACGUAUGGGUACAUGAAAAAGUGAAGAAGACUGGGAGGUUAGUCGUCUCACAAAUGCAGUCAAAAUGGAUUCCAACGUUGGUCUUGAUUAUAUUGUGGAUAAUCCAGAUUACUGUAUCAAAUUAGCGUCGGCCCUGGACACUGCUUGCUCUUCCGUUAAGAAACAAGUAGUUGAACUACUGUCAGCUUUAUGCGUCUACAGUCAAGAUGGCCGACAACGCACUAUCGAUACUCUGCAUAUAUAUCAGGAACGUAAAGGAGAACGUUAUCGGCUACGAGUCGUGGUCGAUGAGCUGCAGAAAGCAACUGCCGAGGAUUAUCAGACUGCUUUGCUGGCAUUCAUCAACUGUCUGGUGAUUUCUACACCCAUCCUCAAGGACCGGGUUAGAAUUCGCAAUGAGUUCAUCGGUCUCAAGCUUCUACCGAUACUGAACGAGCUACGAAAAGAAAAGAGUCACGUGCCGGACUUGCGGGUGCAGCUGGAUGUUUUCGAUGAUCAAAGAGAGUCGGAUGAAGAAUUAUCAAACCACGGUCCACCAGGAAUUGAUCUUUCGUCUCACGUGGACGUCUUCUACGCCAUCCUUGGUCAGAUUGCAGACACUCCUCAGGAAAUACCCUUUCUAAGUAUUCUCCAGCAUCUCUUGAGAUUGGAUCCUAAGGAGGCUGCAAGUGAUCUGGCUUGGGACACUGCAGAGACCCUCGUUCAUCGUGCUACACUGUUAGAGAGUCGUGAGGACGCUACCAAAUUACUGAGGUCACCCAGUCUUCAGACUAGUCUGUGCUGCCACUGCCGGGGUACGGAUCAAACCUGUGGAUCCACUAGGAAGGCUUCAGUACCAGCAAACAUCCCAGCAGCACCCUUACCACCGCCCUUACCAGCAACAUCAGGGAUCCCACCACCACCACCACCAGGUCCUGUAUUACCUCCACCACCUCCGCCGCCACUCCUGGCGAACGCAUCCAACCCCGAUGUGCCUAUGGAACCGCCACGUCCACCACCCUUGCACGUACCCCAGAUUUCUCGUGCGCCAACUCCGGAUCCACCUAAUAACAAUGCCAAACUCCUGCCCCAGCAAGAAAUACCCACCCCCAAGACGAAGAUGAAAACCAUCAACUGGAACAAGAUACCCAAUCACAAGGUGAUCGGCAAGAGAAAUAUCUGGUCGCUGGUUGCCAACGAGCAUCAAAAUUCACCAAUGGCUGAUCUUGAUUGGGCGGAAAUGGAGGGUUUAUUUUGUCAGCAAGUUCCUCCUAUGUUACCUCCUGCUGCUUGCUCCUCGGCAUAUGGCACUGGAAUGGACGCGGAGAGACGUCGUCGUGAACCCACUGAGAUCGCGCUACUAGACGGAAAAAGGAGUUUGAAUGUCAAUAUUUUCUUGAAACAAUUUCGAAGCUCCAAUGAAGAUAUCAUUCAGCUAAUCAAAGAUGGUGGCCAUGACGAUAUCGGUGCUGAAAAAUUACGGGGUUUAUUGAAAAUAUUACCUGAGGUCGACGAGCUCGAGAUGCUUAAGAGUUUCGAUGGCGACAAAUCGAAACUUGGAAAUGCUGAGAAAUUUUUCUUGCAGUUAAUACAAGUGCCUAACUACAAAUUGCGUAUCGAGUGUAUGUUGCUAAAGGAGGAAUUCGCUGCGAAUAUGAGUUAUUUGGAACCGAGUAUAAAUUCAAUGAUACUGGCUGGAGAGGAUCUGAUGACCAAUAAACCACUACAGGAAGUACUGUACAUGGUUUUGGUAGCUGGAAACUUUCUUAAUUCGGGUGGAUAUGCUGGAAAUGCGGCAGGAGUCAAAUUAUCCUCUUUACAGAAGUUAACAGAAAUACGAGCUAAUAAGCCGGGGAUGAAUUUAAUCCAUUACGUCGCAUUGCAAGCAGAAAGGAAAAGAAAGGAUCUGUUAAAUUUUGCUAGAAAUAUGAGCGCGCUGGAAUCAGCAACAAAGACCACUGUCGAACAGCUGAACAACGAGUUCAACUCUUUGGACACUAAAAUCAAGAAAAUCAAAAACCAAAUAAAUUUACCAUCCACGGAGACCGACAUUCAGGAACAGAUGGCUCAAUUUUUGCAGAUGGCAGAACGUGAGAUGUCCGAGCUUAAACGAGACAUGGAAGAACUCGAAGCCGUAAGACAGACUUUGGCAGAAUUUUUCUGCGAGGACACAAACACGUUCAAGGUGGAAGAAUGUUUCCGUGUUUUUCAUCAAUUUUGUCAGAAAUUUAAUCAGGCCGUAGCUGAAAAUGAAAGGCGAAGAAUACAAGAAGAUCAAGCCAUAGCAAGACGCAAGCAGCGGGAGGAACAACUGAUGGCUAGAAAACGUCUUUUAAGCAAUCAAGCCGAAACUCCAGGCUCUGAAUCCGAAUGUAAUCUUAUGGACUAUGGGCUUUUUGAUAUUCACACUGGUUUGCCACACAAACAGUAUGGACGCGGAGACGCUAAGAUUAAAAGACUGCAGAAUGGAGGGGUUACUUCGGAUGAAGAUAUUUCAAUAACUGGUUCGCCAAGUAUUCGAAGACGUUUGGGGUCUUGCUCGGGCGGAGCCGAUCAGCAAUCCACCAAAGAAGAUACAUACUCACCCGAUAUCACGCCAAAUGGGACUCUUAGACGUCGUAGAAGUCGCGUUCCAUGCGAGGACGAUGAUGGAAAUCUUAUGGACUUCUUAAGGACAUCCGGACAAGAUAACACUCGAGAAAGAAAAUCCUGGGGCAGCUUAGAUCGUUCUUGGGCACGUCGUGCACGAGGACAGCCUCGACGUGGUGAUCUUUUGAAUGCAGAUUUCUCAGGAGACAGAGAGAGGCCAAGUUCACCUUCGCCUCUUGUGGAGAGCAAGCCGUUUUUACAAGAAGAGGAAGUCAAGCCCACAGGGAAAGCGUGGAGGCAAAAAAUCGAGGCUUGGUUAUCCGAAAACGAGAAAGAGGAACGUGCCGGAGAGGAAUUACAAAGGCGGGCAAGGCAAUUGCAGGCUAAUCGAAGAUCCUUCGAGGACUCCGAGAGCGAAGGCAAGAGUUCGAUGAUGAACGCUCUUGUGGAGGAUAAUUCUAUACAUGAAGGAUAUUCAGAAGUUUACGACUGGCGACCUUCGGUCGAGAAAACUGAUGUUAUGCGAACAAUGGAGGCAAUUGAAGAAGCUCAACCGCAUACUUCACAAAAAGAUAAGUCACCAUGGCGAAAAUCAAGUUUAAACGUACCAAACAGCAUGGAAGAAACAGAUCCACGUUAUUCUCGUAGAUUACGAUCUAGACUCAGUACAGAAAAUAUCUUAGGCCCCAGUCCUCUGCAGGCAAUCAGAGAAGAAGAUCGCAAGAAGAAUAGGAUCAACGAUCCUGCGAGUUCAAGUCCUUCGGAUGAACUGACAAUCUACCUUCGGCAACCUUCAUCCGCGUCGCAAGGAGCAGCCGUACGAAGAUUCAAUAAACUCGGCAAGAAGAGUCUGGAAGAGGAUAGAGUCAGCGAUAAGAUUGAAAUUGAUUCAGAUAACAUAGAGACUCCACCGGCUACGAGAAGAGUAUUUAGUCCUCCGAAGGAAGUUAAACCAGUUGAAAGAGAACCUUGUAAGAGAGAACGUUGCAGUAGUUCGAUUCAAGGUCGUGAAGCUUUAAAGCCUGGUAGCACAACUACCGACCUUGGAAACGGUAACUUCGACAGGUAUUCAGCAGCAAGAAGAACGCGAAGGUAUAAAAAGACUCAAGAUCCGCCAGUAGAGAAAGAGAGUCCCAAGCAGGAGGCAUCGAGUCCAGAAGUACUCGAUGAGAAACCACAAAGACCAAGUACAUUGGCCUUGACAGAUGACGUCACAGAGGAAGACGCCAUGUUGCGCGUCUGGCAGGAUAAACUGAAACGUCGCGGCGCUACCAACGACAUCGACGUUGCUUUAGCCGAGAUAGCAAAAUCAGGUGAAGAUCUUCAGUACCUUUCCAGAUCGUCUACGCACAGGAACUCGAGACUCCCGGUAACUCAACCAGCCCCUGUAAUCGCUGUUACGAAUACAGUACUCAGUCCCGUAAUGCAAGAAUCUAGACCACGCGAACCAGCCGCCAUCUUACCGGAAAGAGCUGUGACAAGCCGAGAACGUCACAGAAGUAUGAUUGAUCCUAGCCAGGUAAAGGAAGCAUUAAGACUGACAAAUAAUCCACCGAGUCAAGUCAAUCAAAGCUUGCUUAAAAGUUCUGCGAACGAUCAAGAGCAUCAUCAGCAUCAGUCCCAGGAUCAAACCGACCUGGUGUCCAAUAAUCCAGAAGAUUAUCGUCCACUGAGUCGCCAAGAGGAAACUCAGUCCCCGAGUAUUAUCGACGAGAAGUCAUCCUUGACUCCGAUGAAGCAAUCGUCCAUGUUCAAGAGCCGAUUUAUCCCAGACAUUAGCGUGACAUCAGCGCCGCCCUCGGUGACCUCGCCCCUCCCUACAAAAGCCAAGGAUCAGGAAUUGAAUGACGAAGGAUUUGAGGAGACCCAGAGUCUCGUCUCUGAGACUCUAAGUCAAGGAACAUCUUCAGGGAACUAUGAAACAGACACUCACGACUCCACGCGCUGUUCACCGGCUGAACUCCGGUACACGGCCAAUAAUCAGACAGAUAACAUUGCUAGAUCCGUCAACAAAGAACUGACCAAGCUUAAGGCAUUUGCACCACGUACGGGAUCCAUGAGGAUUCCUGGAGAAAAGACGAGUUACCUGCCAAAGCGUACAGGCAGCCUCAAACGGGAAACACCCAGGAAGAACGAAUCAUCUAAACGCGUGAUACCCGUGUCUUCUGGGAAUCCACCAAGAAACGAGGUCGAGCGUUCAAGUUCACGUAGCAGCUUAAGAAGUUCACGUAGCUCCUUGAACAGCGCCAGUUCGGUAAAUACUGUGAGGAACCUAGCACCGAAUCACGCCCAUCUUGGAAAUUAUACUUCGGCUAUUUGUGCGCUCACCACUGACCUUCGUAAGAGCCCUGCGACCUCACCGAUUCCGCCGUUGACUAAAGAGAACGAGAAGAGACACGGGAAUCCGAGAACUGGGGUUAGUAGAAUUCCUGCCAGCAGAAGCAGCAGCAGUGGUAGCAGCGUCGGUCCAGCCGUAAGAAACGUACGGAAAUCUACAGGGGCGCAUCCUGACGUACCUAAAGGCAGUACCACAAGGAUCCGUCCGAUGGCAGCUUCUCGCAGUAGCAGCAGCGGAAGUAGCGUUGGCCAUCAAGCAAUGGGAUCGACUAAGCAGGCUGCUGAGAAAAUGGCGAAUAAUAAAAGUCGUCUGGUGCAACCACGCGCUGGUCCUCGCAAUCACAGUUUCAUGCGACCCACAGCAGCCAGCGUGAACAAAGGAUCCAUUUCGAAUCUCCCAAAAAGCAUCAAGAGCCUGGUGAAGUAAAAUCAGAAAGGAAAUAACAGGCGCAUAUCAACCGCUGAUAAUCCGACUGACUGACGGAAAAGUAAAGGACGUAGAAACGCUCGCACAUUUACUAAAGUAAAUCAAUCAAACAGCUGUAACGGUCGACAUUUACUAAUUCGCGGUUUAACCAUUUUUAUUAAUCUAUAUAAUAACGUCAAACGCCAUCGUAUAUGCUGACUGCAGUUGAACGUCCUGCCUUGUUUUCUUUUUCAUAUUAUGAAGUUUGUCAAAAAGGAACGCGUAUUUCCUUUUCUUUUUUUAUUCUUUUUUAAAAUGCUCCCCAACGAGCAAGUCCCCAUAGUUACGUUAAAUAAAAUAGCCACACCGGAAACGUUACUCAAACUCGAAACUUUGAUUAACGUGUAUUUAUCAAGACACUAAAAAAAAUAUACAACAUGAUCCUUCGUGUGUUUUGCGUGGCCAUGUUUUAUAUAUAUUAUAUAUAUAUAUAUAUUUUAUACGAAGUGCGUGCGUGCGUGCGUGCGUGCUUUUUCCUGCGUUAAUGCACAUCGUGUCCUGUACUAACGUACGCACAUGUAACUCGUGAUACUCUGUGCAAUUACGAGAAUGAAAAUUGUGAAUUUUUACCCUGUUGCGUAACGCUGAACAAUUUAAAGUCUCAAAUGUUUGUCUUUCUUAUACAUAUAUAUAUAUAUAUAUAUAUAUAUAUAUAUAUAUAUCCUGUUUUUUAUUUCAAGAUUUUUUAUCGGCUUUACACAGAAACAGUUACCUACGUGACGUUCGAAUUUAUCAUCGUUUAUUACCUCGAACGUUAAUCGUCACCUCGCUAGUGUUAGAAAAAUUGUCGAGAUUCACGUGAACCUCGAAAUUUGUCAAAUUUUACAAAAGUUUUCAUGUUCGCCAAGUGAAAGUCAAAUAUUUACACGCUCGUCGAUGCAAUCGGAAUAUAUGUGUGUAACACGUGUAAAAUAAUUCGAUUAACAUAUAUCAAUACCUAAUUUACAUUAUCUGUAUUAUUGGCAUUAUUAAACCUGACUUAUUAUAUGAUUUAUUAAAUUAUCAUUAAGGAAAAUUAAUAAAAAAAUAUCUCAAGGA